UGCCGGUUUGCUGCCGGCUGUGUGUCCGCUUCCUGGGUCGUCCGCGGCCCCGGCCGGGUGUCUCGGCGCCCCUCACCCGCGCCCCGUGACUCACCCCUCGUCGCGAAUCUCUCCGAGGCUCCGAGCGACCCUGCCGUGCGUCUUCGCGGGCGGCCUGGGCCGAGGCCUGCCGCGCCGAGUCCACGCAGACGUGCCCCGCGUGUCCCGAGCUCCGUCGAGGCCGCCGCAGCCGUCCGGGGAUGGGGCGGCCGGGGUCCGCGCAGCGCUGGGCGGCCGCCGCGUGCCAGUGGGGCUGCGGGCUGCUCGCGCUGCUGCUGGUGGCGCCGCGGCCCGGCGGCGCCUCCGAGAUCACCUUCGAGCUGCCCGACAACGCCAAGCAGUGUUUCUACGAGGACAUCACGCACGGCACCAAGUGUACCCUCGAGUUCCAGGUUAUUACUGGUGGUCACUAUGAUGUAGAUUGUCGGUUAGAAGAUCCUGAUGGUACCGUGUUAUACAAAGAGAUGAAGAAACAGUAUGAUAGCUUUACCUUCACAGCCUCCAAAAAUGGGACAUACAAAUUUUGCUUCAGUAAUGAAUUUUCUACUUUCACACAUAAAACUGUGUAUUUUGAUUUUCAAGUUGGAGAAGACCCACCGUUGUUUCCUAGUGAGAACCGAGUCAGUGCUCUUACCCAGAUGGAAUCUGCCUGUGUUUCAAUUCACGAAGCUCUGAAGUCUGUCAUUGACUAUCAGACUCAUUUCCGUUUGAGGGAAGCUCAAGGCCGAAGCCGAGCAGAGGAUCUAAACACAAGAGUGGCCUAUUGGUCAGUAGGAGAAGCCCUCAUUCUUCUGGUUGUUAGCAUAGGGCAGGUAUUUCUUCUGAAAAGCUUUUUCUCAGAUAAAAGAACCACCACAACUCGUGUUGGAUCAUAACUACACUUUGAGAGUCGAUGCACCAAUGCCACCGUAAUAUUGCUGUCCUCUAAUUAAAUUUAGGUACUGAAGAACUUAAUAUUAGCAACAUUUUAAAAACUUUACUCAUACACUUGUUGGGGGGUAUUUACGACACAUAUAUCCCCAAGCUGUGGUAAGGACACCUUUUUUUAUUUGUAAAGGUAGAAAAACUUUGGAACUUAUUUUGGGCUAUUCAUGUUAAAUAUUCAACGCCAGUGAUGUACUGUUUUCUUGGUCGUUUAUAUCUACACUUCACACACUAAACUUUGGUAUUUUGAUUUCUUUUAGCCAUUAAAAGUACUUUUCUUAUAGUGGAUAUUUUAAAAGCCUUCAAUUUAAUGUCUGUCUAUGUUGUGGAGGAAGAAAGUUGCCUUUUAAUUGUGUGUAGUAAAUAAAGUUUUGUUUUUCAGAAAACCAAAUGUGAUUAACUGUAGCCCAAGCCCUAUUCUGCACUGUUUAAUUUUAUGGGGGGAAAAAUGUACCAUAGAAAUGUUUGUUAACAUUGAUAAAGUUUUAAAUUGACACAUUAUGAUGUAAUUUAUUUCUCACUAGCUUGGAACAGGUCGGAAUUUUUGUUUUCUGGGUUUAUUCUAUGAUUUAUAACCAGAUGUGUUUUUUUUCCAUAAAGACAUUCUUAUCACACAGAAAAUAGUAUGUUUCAGUAACAUAGAGUUAAUACAGGCCUUAAAAAUCAGAUCUUAUGAGAGGUAGACUACUUAUAGAAUAAUUUAUGACACAACAGUGGGGGACAAAUGAGAAAAUUAUUAGUGCGUCAUCUGCACACAUUACAUUUUCAGUGCUUUUACAAAGAAAAAAGGUGAUCUGUUUCAUGCUGGUUUUUGCCCUUGUAUGGCUUUAAUGUCUCUGAAUUGUUCGCGUAUAAAUUGGCAGUUGUGAUAGUAGUAUUGUAAAAGUGCCAUAUAUUUUAUCCUGAUGAGUGUGAUGCACUGAGGUUUCUUUGUUUUUUUGUUAUUGUCUUGCACUUGUAAUUUGUACAAUUUCUAGUUAGCAGCCCUAAGACAAUUUGAAAAUUUAGAAUGCUUUCUGUGUGUUUCUUUAAUCUUCAUGGAUUAUACUGCAGUUAAUGAGUAUUGAGUAGUGCGCAUUCUAUACACUAUAGGGUUUAGAAUGUGUAUUUUAUAACUUGUAUAGAUUGAGCUGGUUGAAAAAAGAUUUUGUUUCAAGUAUUCUAGAAUAGAAUACAAGAUGAUGCAAAAUUGUAUGGGUGUUUAAAGGUUUCCUGCUAUUUAAAAAAUUACAACUGCUUUUGCCACACCUCCUCAAAAGUGAUGAGUGCUGAACGAGACUGUCAUAUUGUAGAGACUUUGAUUUGUGGUGCCAUAGAAGAUUGAUUGGGUAGCUAUUCUAGUCACUUUCCAUUACUGACUAGAAGUGAACUCUUAAUUCUAAGCUGUUUUAAAAUGCAUAUAUACACCUCUGCAUGUAAGAGCCAAGUCAAGGUUGUCAUGCUGGCUAAUUUCAAAUGCUACAGUACAGCAAGGGAUGAACAUUUUUCAACCUUUCAAUUCAAAAAUUUUCAGAAACCAAGUAACUACUCCUUAAACAAUAUCAGUGGAUUAAGAACUGAAGUUUAAGAUUUUUGCAGAUUUAGCUAUUUGAGUUAUUGUAUUGGAGUUUCCUGCAACUUGAUAAGUAUCCCUCUCUCCUUAGAUUUGAAAAUUUUAAACACUAAUGUUAAUGUGAUUGAUAAGCAUGGCAUAUCUUAAAUGUCUCUUCUGGUUGCCUGCCUGCUCUGUUGUGUUUAGAUACUUAUACCAUAAUUAAGCAGAAUCAGAUAUCAUCAGUGUGCUGUUUGGCACAGAUAAUGUAGUUACUAAUCUGUGCCUACCAAAACCUGUUUAUACUCAAUUGGGUAUGUAUAUAUAAACUAGAAAAUACCUACCCAGACAUAAAUGUUAAGUAGGAACUUUUUUUCUUCUUCCUACUGUGUAAUUUGUAGCCCAUGUUUUUUCUAUAAUCCUUUCAUAACUUGUUGCAACAGUUUGUAUUUCCCAAAUAUUUAUGUUUGGACAUGUGGCUCAGAAUACGUAUUUAAACAUCAUUAGCUGUAUAUAUUUUUAAAGUAGAAUAAAUGAUGGAGUGGAACUUGAAAUACGAGUUUAUACUAAAAUUUCAACUGUGUGAAGGUACAUUUUAGGAUACUACUUUGCUAAUAAUCUAAACAUUCUUUUUUCUAUUAAAGAA